ACAAAUGCAUUUCAAUAUAAUUAUAGUUUAUAUAAAGCCACGGAAAUAAUUAAGAGAAUUUCUGAAUUAUUAAUGUUUCAUUCUGUGAACUAUACUAACAAUUCCUUUACCAAAUUUUGAAUACAAAUAUUUAUGCAUUUAUUUUAAGAAACUGAAAACUGGACAAACAGGUGAAAAGAACAGAAUAGGUGCUCUGGAUUUUUUUCAGAUCUCAAAUACUGCAAAGAAAACAAGUUCAGAUUCACUUUUAAGCAGCACAACAGUCAUAUUUCUACAUGUGUUUAGGAAAAGUUCAACAAAAUACAUUUUUAGCACCGUUUUCGUGCGUCUUGUCACGCUGUCAGUCUUUCACAUUGCUGUUGGAUGACUUUAUGUCACUCCUGAGGUUUGAUUUUGUUGAAAUACAACACAGAAACAUGCGUAAUGGUCUCUUACAUGUUUUCCCACGGCUGUAUCUAAUACAUGAGUCCAUAUUAAAAACUGCUUUGAAACGUGAUAAUUAUCUAUAAAUAUAUUCAUGUAAAAGACAACUUUUUUAAAUCUCACAAAUGUUAAGAUAAUUGACCUUUGGUCUUCUGAAAAAAAUCAGGUACACAAUCAGGUUUGAACAUGGCACGUUUAGGGUGAGUUGAUAAGAAUCUCGUGCAUGAAAUUGUAAUGCAAUCUCAGUUAGCACAUAUAGGCUAUAGAACUAUGAGUGUCGUCCGAAUGCAAGCGUUUAAAUAGGACAAACAUAAAUAGACGCAGUCAUCUCUCCGUCGUGGCCAGAACUUACCGGCCCUUCAAAAUGCAAUACAAUGAUGUACUCAAACACACACGCACGGCGCUUAAUGCGGUGAUGCAACUCAAGACCGAGGCAAAAUAACAUCAAGUCAUGCGUGAACACAGAUGCCAGAAGACUCCUGAAAUAACAGUCCAUAUUCUAUAAACUACAUCCCUGCUGAAAAACCCCCACUGAAAUGAAACAGAAAACGCACACUACUUCAAAUCAUUCUGAAUUGGGUUGAUUCUUCAUGGCAGAAUGUUUCAUUGAAAUGAUAAUUGCAUUUUUAUCAUCUCACUGCGGUAUAUGGAUGCGUUGUUCUUUUCCGUUCGAGGGUUUGUAAACAAAACGACAGAUGACACAUGUGAUUGAAAGAGCACUCGCUCUCUCUCUCUCUGUCCCCAAGAGACACUGUUCGGCUGUGCGUAACGGCUCGUUUAAACCAUGUGUUUCAGCGUCAUCGCAAAAUAAUGUUCUCAGUAUCAAUGUUCUUAUAACUGAACCAUAUUUAUUUGAGUGUUGUUGUUUAUUGCUAUGUGCCUUCAUAAGCACGCUGAACGCUUUCUUUGAACGGUUCGAACGCACCGAGUCUCGCGUGAAUCCUUUCUCUGCUUUCACUCUCCAGCGCGCGCGCAAGUGUUUUCCAGACUGACGGGAGGAGCUUUGGAUUAGAAUGCACAGUUUUAUCCGAAGCGUGUCAGUGUAACGGCAAAGUAAACCAUCAUGGAUGUACGCGGGGCGCUUUGGAAUUUAACUCCACUGGUCUUUUCGACGUGAAUGCUGAAUGGCUCGGACAUGGAGAUAGCUUUGGUGAGUUUUGACAAGAGAGGGGACGGAGGAGGUGAUGGAGAAACCAACCAAAACCAAAAUUCCCUGGACCAUCCGCGCUCGCUUCGAACGGCACCCAACAACGCGAGCCUGUGGAAAAUCAACGACAUGAACAACACGACGGGCUCCACGGAGAACACGGUGGAUUAUUACAGUCCCCAUCUGUUCGACGAGGACGUCCUCCACGUGGACAUCGACCACGAGAGCAACGAGCGAGUUCUCAUCAACAUCGCCGGACUGAGGUUCGAGACGCAACUGGGCACGCUCAACCAGUUUCCCGACACUCUACUUGGAGAUCCCGACAAGAGGAUCAAGUAUUUCGACCCCCUCAGGAACGAGUAUUUCUUCGACCUCAACCGGCCGAGUUUUGACGGGAUUCUUUAUUUCUACCAGUCGGGCGGCAAGAUCCGUCGACCUGUCAACGUGUCGAUCGACGUGUUCGCGGACGAGGUCCGCUUUUAUCAGCUGGGCGAAGACGCGAUGGACCGCUUCCGCGAGGACGAGGGCUUCAUCAAAGAGGAGGAGAAGCCGUUGCCUCAAAACGAGUUUCAGAAGCAAGUGUGGCUCAUCUUCGAGUACCCCGAAAGCUCGGGUCCCGCCCGCGGCAUCGCGAUCGUGUCCGUGAUCGUCAUCACCAUAUCCAUCAUCACUUUCUGUCUGGAAACUUUGCCGGAGUUUCGCGACGAGCGCGAGCUGGCCGUGGCGAGCCGCGCGAUCAACGGCACGCAGGAGCGCCCGUCGCUCACCUUCAGCGACCCGUUCUUCAUCAUCGAAACCACGUGCGUGAUCUGGUUCACCUUCGAGCUCUUCGUGCGCUUCUUCGCGUGUCCCAGCAAGUCGGAGUUUUCCAAGACCGUCAUGAACAUAAUCGACAUCAUGUCCAUCAUGCCCUACUUCAUCACGCUGGGCACGGAGCUCGUGGAGCAGCAGGGUCAGGAGCACAACAACGGGCAGCAGGCCAUGUCUCUGGCCAUCCUGAGGGUCAUCCGCCUGGUGCGGGUGUUCCGCAUCUUCAAGCUCUCCAGACACUCCAAGGGUCUCCAGAUCCUGGGCAAGACCCUGCAGGCGAGCAUGCGGGAGCUCGGGCUCCUCAUCUUCUUUCUGUUCAUCGGGGUCAUCUUGUUCUCCAGCGCCGUCUUCUUCGCCGAGGCCGACGAACCCGAGUCGCACUUCUCCAGCAUCCCGGAUGCCUUCUGUGAUGUUCAUAUAUAA